AUGGCAUCACCAAUACCCAAGACACAGAUCGCGGCCUGGCUUGAAAAGCCCCAGCCUGGGGCGCAACUCCAGAUCCGGAACGAUAUCGAGGUUCCAUCUCCCAAAGAAGGCGAAGUGCUCGUCAAGCUGGAAUACACGGGCUUCUGCCAUUCAGAUGUGCACAGCAUAUAUGGCGAAACGCCGAUGAGCACCGACAUCGCUGGUCAUGAAGGUGUAGGACGCGUGGUCGAGCUUGGGCCCAAUGUUCCGGAAGAGAUGAUGAACGCCAGGCUGGGAAUCAAGUGGCAGUACAGCACAUGCGGCACGUGCGAGAUAUGCGCCGUUAAUCCCACAGCAUGUCCCACCCAGAUCAACUCUGGACGGAACACAAGAGGCACUUUCCAACAGUACAUCGUGACUCCGUUGAAGCAUGCCACCAAGAUUCCGGCGGGAUUGAAGCCUGAAAUCGCAGCUCCUUUACUUUGCGCGGGACUGACCAUGUAUUCUGCCCUUGCGAAAGCAAGGCUGCGUCCGGGAGACUGGGUCGUCAUACCGGGUGCAGGAGGAGGUUUAGGGCAUCUUGGCGUCCAGAUCGCUGCCAAACGCGGGUAUAAAGUGAUUGCCAUCGACGCCGGGGAGUCGAAGAGGGAAAUGUGUAUGAAGCUUGGAGCAGCUGUUUUCCUUGAUUUCAAGACGGACUCGAUCGAGGCGGAAGUGAAGCGUCUCACCAACGGAUUCGGAGCCCAUGCGACUAUUGUCACAGUCGGGAGCGAUGCUGCGUACGAUCAAGCAUUGAAGCUGCUCCGAAAUCUUGGGACCCUGGUGUGUAUCGGACUGCCCAAGUCGGGGCUCGGCUUACCGAUCUCGCCGUUUCUGAUGUGUGUAAGAAGUCUUACCAUUGUGGGAUCUUCAGUUGGGACUGCCCAGGAGAUGGACGAACUGCUUGAGAUGGCUGUCAAGGGAGAUGUAAAGCCUGAGAUAUCUGUGUUUGAGUUCGAUGAGAUCAACAAUAUCAUGGAGAAGCUGGCGAGGUUCGAGAUUGGAGGCAGAGUCGUCCUGAGAAUCCCGGAGUGA